UAUUCAUAUCUUCCGGGUGAUGAAAGUAGGAAGUUAUAAUAAUUAAACCAUUCCCUUUUCAUGGAAGAAUAUAUUUAUACGGAAAUGAAAUCCAUUUGGGAAAAUAUAUUUUAAUCAAGGAAAUAACUAAAAUGGAUGAUUUUUUACCAACGAAACUGCAUAAUUUCUGGAGAUGUAAAAACAAAUGUCUCAUUCUAUUAAUUAUAUCCUUAAAUGCAGAAACGACAAGUAAAGGAUCCUGUGUAAACGAACGGGGCGAAUGCUGCACCAACUUCCAUCUAAUCAACGGAACAUGCGCUGCAUGUCCUCCUGGAACUUACGGAGAUAAUUGUUCCACCGCAUGCCCAAAUCAACAUUAUGGAGAAAACUGUGGUCUCAAAUGUAAUUGUGGGCCUGAUGAAGAGUGUCACACUUUACACGGCUGUAGAAGUAUUACCACAACACCCACCAGCCAAACAACAACUAAAUCAAACAUCGACGAGGAGAAAACUUCAUUAUCCACCACUGAAGUGUCAGAUACUUUUUUACAGAGUUCAGCUCAAGCUAAUAUAGAAAAAAUAACAAAGGGUAAUACCAAAUUUACACCCAAAGUAAGUAUCUUAUCCACCACGACUGGGACCGGACCUACCCUCGGGGGUGGAGACUCUAGUACCACCCGUGUUAUCAUUAUUACAGGGUCAGUGUUAUCUUUGUUCUUAAUCAUAAUAAUAGUCAACCAGAUUCACGAGAAAUUGAAAAAGCGUCGGACAGAAAAAGUUUACAGUAAUCGUAAUCAGGGUUCAUCAAACAUGAUAGAGGAAGAAACGUAUGUCGAUAUCAACGAGUCUGGCAUGCUGGGAUAUACUUCCAGAUACGACAAAAUUAAGUCUCAGUCUUCAGUUGUUCAACGUAGUAAAGGAGAUAGUGGUACUUUAAAAAUUGAAGCAAAUGUUUUGCCACCGAUACUUCCAUCUCGAAUGGACAACGAUACAAAUUCUGAUUCAAGUCAAGUAAUUACUGAACAUCACACAGAGUAUUUAGAUGUCGUACAUCAAGGACCAACUGGGAACCCAGACAAUGCCUACGUGGACCCAGUGACCAGCAAAAAGAACAAUGCCUAUACAGAGGUGGUAGGUACACCGCCAGAUGAUCAAGUGCAUGGGGAACAUGCAGACAACAAUUCAAGAGGGGCAUAUCAGGAAAUUGAUGAAGAGGUAUUUGAUGAAGGACAUAGCAUACAUAGAGAUGGUUAUCUUCAAGUAGUUCAUUAGUGAAUAUUUUGUAUGUAUUCUACAAUGCAAAUGAGGCACAAUUUUAAGAUUUAUGAUAAUGUUUAAAUCGCAGAACCAUACACAAACACACAUAGAUUCCUGAAUGGUACAAAACAGUAGUAUAUGUAUAUCAUAUGUAGUUGCAAUAAAUUAUAUUUACUUACAAACUCUAACUCUAAGUAUAGUUUGAUUAAGACAUUUUUUCAAUAACUAGAACUAAUGGUACUGUGGAUUCAUUAUUGUUCGUGGGGGGAGCAGUGUACGUUCCUUUCAUGGGUAACCCUUGCCCACGAAUUUUUAUCCCCACGAACCUAUACGCAAUUAUUUGUUUAAUAUUUAGUGAAAUUAUUGCGAUCACACUACCAACGAAAUUACGUCCCCACGGACCGGGAAAAUUUUGACUACCCACAAUCAUAAAAAUGAGUCUACAGUAUAGUGUAAUGUAAACCACGAAACAUGAGUAAAAAGUCUUUUUGUAAAGUUUUUUGAGAUGGCAGCAGGUUUAGCGGUGAUUCAUGUGAUGAUUAUGUCAUUUAAAGUACGAACUGUCUUUUUGAUUUUUAUGCAGUUGGUCGAUCAUUAUUGGGUUUAUUUCUCAUAUAAACAGUAACUGGGGUGUUUACUUUUUAUCUCUUUUUUGAUAACUAUUUACUAAAUUUGUUUUUUUUUUCAGGUGUUUCUAUGUCUUUCUUGUGUG